AAUUAGAGGACUGUUAAAUAAAGAUUUAUUUGUGUAAUGAUGACUAGCGAGUCACGAGAAAAUAAAUCCACCUCAAAUAUCUAUUUCCGGCGAUCUGGAAUCCCAGCUGAUCCCCGCUCGAAUGCCAGCGGCUCAUUUUCGCGGUCUUGAUGAUUACCUAUUUGUAGAAAUAUACAUUGGACCAGUUUACUGCCGACUAGCAUCCACUUCACUGCACGACCACAUCUCAUUUAUAAUAUUAACGAUCGACGACGCAGUCAGUUGUUGACUAUUGACUAUCAAUCAUUAAUUCAAACUUGACAAUUAAAAAAUAAACAAAAAAUCUGGCGUCACUUGGAAGUUCCAUUUUAAACGAUCAAAGAAACCAGCUAGAUGACAGCUGGUCUAGAUGUCCGAUGUGUCAACAACGCAUGCAGGAACCUCGUCUCCUAGAUUGUCUGCAUCCACUCUGCUUGAACUGCGUCAAGGCGUGUCGCUCUUUAGCUGAAGACUCACGCGAUGACUCGCCCUGGAGACGUCCUGAUGAGACUAAAGGCUGUCCAACCUGCGACCAUCCAUUUUCUUCACCAGAAAAACCACUACCACCGCCUCAUUAUCCUCUUCAGCAUCGAAUUCUCAUAGAUGCUAUCAUCACUCAACAGCUGCUGUGCUACUGCGAUGGAUGUCACGGUCAAGUCCAGGCUUCACUCCAUUGCUCAACUUGUUUGAGAAACUUCUGCGAAAAUUGCGGCGCAGAGCAUCAGAAAAUACGAACGAGAACUGGAACACAUGAGAUAGUAGCUCUUUGGCAAGCUAAACGGUUCCGACGAACGACCGUGUGUCUAGAUCAUCCUCAACACUCGCUGAGAUUUUACUGCAUCGCUUGCCAACAGGUAACUUGCUGCGAGUGCAUGUGGAGAGAAUCACACCGAGGACACGCGUGUGAGAAUCAUAAAACUGCGGGUAGGACUGCUGCAAGAAUAUUAGCUAAUGCAGUUCAAGAUGCUAGAAUUUUAUUGAAUAGUCUUCUUGUGAAUUAUACACUGAAAUCUUUUUCGGCGGUUAAUUUGUAUCGGAAACGAUUUAGUUUUCGAAAUCAAAGAAUUAACUUGCAAGAAAAUGAAAAACAAUUUUUACAUGCCCAAGAAGCGAAACAAAGAAUUGAAGAAUUUAGAAGACUCGAAACUUCACGACAUCUUUUAGAUGCUAUUUCUCUAGCUGAACAACUUCUUGCUGAAGGUUUGGGAGCAGAGAUUCUUUGUCUAUCGAAGGUAAUCUUAAAGAGAUUACAAAAGUUAGGGUUACCUGUACAACCAAGUUUUGGAAUAAGUAAACUAUUUUUUUAUUUUUUUAAUAAAUGUUUAGGUGAUGUGUAUAGAGGAAAAAACCACCCGGGAGUAUUUCAUUGCUGUACAUUUUGUUCAAGCGGAGGAAAAAAGGAAACUAUGUGUUUCUGUCAGGGAACUAUGCCUGGCGAAUUUAUUUUUGAAGGUGGAUAUCGAGGAUGCGGACACGCUCAUUUUGGACAUCCUGGAGUUAAACAUUGGUCUUGUUGCGGGUCUACAGAUCGUAACAGUAUUUGCACACAAUGGAAAAUUCGAAAUCCCCCUUUUUUUUCUUUUUAAUUAAAACUCAGACGAUAUGACGUAACUUAUGAAAAUCUUGUAGAACUUAUAUCAUAUAUUUUUUUAUCUUGUAAAAUCUAUUUUUCAUACUUAAUAAAAAAUUAGAAACAAAC